CGCCCUUCCUGCCCACUCCGCCCCACAGAGGCGCCCCCUCCUCUCCGCCCACCCGGCGGCGGCGGCGGCGGCGGCUGCCCUAAGUAGCCACGUGACUUGGGGAGGUUGCGAGGGAGGGAUGACUCUCUAGCCCUCCCAGGCCCUUCUCUCUGGUUCCCUGCAGGGGGGAAAAAUGGAAAUGAAACGGCUAAGCAUCUCCCUGGUUGUGGUUUUGUUCCUGGUCCUGGUCCUGCAGAUCUUGUCUGCUGUCGAUUUUGAUCCAUAUCGGAUCCUUGGAGUCAGCAGGACAGCUAGUCAGGCGGACAUUAAAAAGGCCUAUAAGAAGCUUGCCCGGGAAUGGCACCCUGACAAAAAUAAGGACCCAGGAGCAGAAGAUAAGUUCAUACAAAUUAGCAAGGCUUAUGAGAUCCUGUCCAAUGAGGAAAAGAGAUUAAAUUUUGACCGCUAUGGCAAUGUGGGGGAGAACCAGGGCUACCCCCACCAGCAACAGCCGCAGCACCGCCCGUUCCACCACUUCCACGAGAGCUUUUAUUUUGAUGAAUCCUUUUUCCAUUUCCCGUUCAAUUCGGACCGCCGCGACUCCUCCGACGAGAAGUACUUGCUGCACUUCUCACACUACAUCAACGAGAUUGUGCCCGACAGUUUCAGAAAACCCUAUCUCAUCAAGAUCACGUCGGACUGGUGCUUUAGCUGCAUCCACAUUGAGCCCGUGUGGAAGGAGGUGGUCCAGGAACUUGAAGGGCUGGGAGUGGGGAUCGGCGUUGUUCAUGCUGGCUAUGAGAGGCGCUUGGCACAUCACCUCGGAGCACACAGUACACCAUCCAUCCUGGGACUUAUCAAUGGGAAAAUUACCUUUUUCCACAAUGCAGUUGUUCGGGAGAAUCUGCGGCAGUUUGUGGAAAGCCUACUUCCGGGUAACCUUGUUGAGAAGAUUACAGAUAAAAACUACGUCAGAUUCCUGUCAAACUGGAAGAAAGAGAACAAACCCCACGUGCUUCUCUUUGAUCACAUGCCCCUCGUCCCCCUGUUAUAUAAGCUGACGGCGUUUGCUUACAGAGAUUACCUGUCCUUUGGAUAUGUGUACGUUGGGCUCCGAGGUACAGAAGAGCUGUCCAGCCAGUAUAACAUCAAUGUCUACACGCCCACCAUGAUGGUGUUCAAAGAGCACGUCGAUAAGCCUGCUGAUGUCAUCCAGGCCCGAGGCAUGAAGAAGCAGCUUAUUGAUGACUUCCUGUCUCAGAACAAGUUCCUCAUGGCAUCUAGGCUCACCAGCCAGAAGCUUUUUCAGGAGUUGUGUCCUGCGAAAAAGUCUCACAGGCAGCGCAAGUACUGUGUGGUCUUGAUUACCGGAGAGGGCGAUAAAUACACUGUGAGCUAUGAAGCCUUUCUGGCUUUUGCUGUGCCCAACACAAAGGACACCCUGAGGUUUGUGCACAUCUACAGCAACUACCAGCCGCAGUUUGGGCACACUUUGCUAACGGACGACGAAAGAUUCCACGGGAAGUCAGCCGUGGUCAUCUUGGAGAGGCGCAACAAUGCUGGGCGAGUAGUCUACAAGGCCCUCGACGAGCCCUGGAGCGGCAGUGAACAGGACAACUUCAUUCUUCUGGACCUCCUGGAUCAGCUGAGGACAGACCCAGGCAUUCUCUCUUCUGAUACCAUCCUGCCAGACUUGAAUGAUGAACUUGCUCCUGUUUUCUUCCUCCGAUGGAUCUACUCUGCCAUCGACUAUAUAUCAGACAGCUGGGACAGCCUCUUUCACAGCAACUGGAGAGAAAUGAUGCCCCUCUUAUCGCUGAUCUUCUCAGCCCUCUUCAUCCUUUUUGGGACCGUUAUUGUUCAGGCUUUCAGCGACUCGAGCGACGAGAGAGAUUCGCCUCCUGCCAAGAAGGAUGAAAACACUCCGAAGGGCGAGAAGAAUGACACAAGUUUCACCAAAGAUAACAGGAUCCCCAAGAAGGGCUUCGUUGAAGUGACCGAGCUGACAGAUAUCACCUACACAAGCAACCUGGUGCGCCUAAGGCCUGGACACAUGAACGUGGUCCUGAUCCUUUCCAACCCCACCAAGACGCCUCUCCUGCAGAAGUUUGCCCUGGAGGUCUACACUUUCACUGGGAGCAACUGCCUCCAUUUCUCCUUCUUGAACCUGGACAAGCAUCGGGAGUGGCUGGAGUACGUCCUGGAGUUUGCACAAGAUGCUGCCCCCAUCCCCAACCAGUACGACAAGCACUUCCUAGAGCGCGACUACACGGGCUACGUCCUGGCCCUGAACGGGCACAAGAAAUACUUCUGCCUCUUCAAGCCUCGGAAGUCGGAGGAGGACGGGGAUGCCCCGGGGAUGCCCUGCGAGGAAUCUGACCUGGGGGAGGCUCGUGGGAAACCGUCUUCCUCUUGCAGCCCGGGGGCAAGGUCGGUGAAAAACAAACUCAACAAGCUCUCCCUGUGGAUGGAGCGUCUCUUGGAAGGGUCCCUGCAAAGGUUUUAUAUUCCCUUGUGGCCCGCGCUAGACUGAAAAAAACAACAGCAGCAUAAAAUUUUGAAAAAGGAAAAAAUAGGUUUUUUGAAAGGGAAUCUCUAUCUCAGCAGAGACGUUGAAAGAGGACAACUGCAAGCAUCUCUCUUUCAGGAGUGUCGUAAUAGACGGUAGCUUUUUAGAUGAAUCCUCCUAGGCCCAGUGAGUUAGAAACAUCUUUCCCGCGCCUUUGACCUAGGAGUGAUCGUGGCGGCGAAUGCACUGGCGCCUGCUCUUCGUACCAAAUGGUUUGAAUGCUCGGAAGCCGUACAAUCAAAACUGGUUCACAGUCGGUGCCCCUGUCCAAGACCCCACCCCCCACUGUCCCAGCCUGCUCCAGUUCCGCCUCUGGGUUUUUCUCCAAAGUUGAUGAAAGCCUUGCUGCUGUGGAAACUCUCUUCCUUGCCUAUGGAUGGUUUAAAUGCUUUUGAUUUUGUUUUGAUGCCACUCUCCCCCCAUGCAGUCUACAGAGAGCUGUAAUAAUCCCUACCUGUUGGUUUCCCACACAUGCCCGCCCCGUUAUCCUUUUUAUGUACCAAAUAGCUGACAGGGCAGGAUGUGUAUAAGGGCGGGGGGGGGAGGUACUAUCAACCCACUUGCAUGCCCCCCUCCAGCCCUGGGUGCAAUAUAAUCCAACAGGUAGAGUUGACCAGCUCAGCCUUCAGCAGGGCGGGGAGUGGCCAGCUGAGCCGCAAACACUGUACGAGAAGCAAUGAGCCAUUUUAAAAUGUAUGUCCCUUUCGAUGCCUUCCUGCUUGCUGUCUGGUUUGUCCUCUUCUCUGAAAGACUUGUAGUUUUACAGCCAUACUCUCAGAACCACAUCCAUAGAGCUACGGACUGCUGCUAGCCAAUAGCUGUGUGUGUAUGUGUGUAUGUUUGUGGAAGGCAGCAACUCCCGCUUGUGAGUCGUUCCCUGGACAUACCUUCCCCUCCCGCCCUGAAACAGCAACAAUACAUCUGUAGGACAGUAACUGAACAACAUUUCUCUGUAUCAAGGAGCUGAAAUUGCCUCUCUCACAAUGGCCUCUCCAAGGAUAAGGUUAGGAUUGAAAUGCCAAACUACUGAACUUCCCGGGUGUUCUGUUACAUGGCAAUGUGAUUUCUUUCUUUCUUGCCUUCCUCACAGGGCAGGGCACUCUGCCACCUUUUUCUGAAACAGGUCUCCAGGGGGCUGUUUGUUUACAAAGGUGCCUAGCUGCUCCCCCUCCUGCCACCUCUCAGAAUGUGCCACUCACCUUUAUCUAGUUGAUUUUUUCCUUGGAGCCAUAGGAGUAGUCACAUUUUUAAACUGUGGUUUGCUUUCUAAUCAAAAUUUAAGCCCAAGGGUUGCAUCUAAUUCCAGUCCUACUCAGGGGACGCAGGCGCAUCAGAGUUGAUGGACGUAAUUAUAACUUUGGUCCAUUGACUCUAGGGGGUCUGCAUAGGAUGCAACCCUAUGACCCGACACGCCGUGGGCCAUGCGUCUUGGAUGGGUGCGUGGGGCAUAUAUUUGAAAGCUUCCCAUGUGGAAACAAAAAUAAAUGAGCCGCUCCUCUGUGUAGCACAUCCUAGAGAGAGAGAAUGUAACAGAGCUCUCUCCCUGAUGUACUUGCUCUCUACUUGCAGGGAGCUCUUUUUCAUUCAAAAAAUAGGACAGCCGAACCUCACAAGAGCGGCCCAGAACUUUGCGGUGUGUAGAACAGUUCUUGGAAAUAGAAUGCCUUGCUGACUCGCUAGUGGUGCCUUGCGACGGGGAAUUGGGGAGGGGAUGUGCUUGGUGUGUUCUUUCUUAAAAAGAAAAAUGAAAAACAAAGCAAGCAGUCUGCCUCUUGCAAGAGCUCUCUGAAGUGCCGGUUUGUUUGUGCUGGGUCUUCCCUCGUCACAGGAGUGAUUCUGGGUAGAUCCUCCCCCCACCC